AUGUCUCAUCUCCAGAUUCAUCACCACCGCCCCCUGCAGCUGGAGCCAGCCAUGUUCCACCGGCGUGUCCUGGACGAGCAGCUGGAGCUGUGGUGGUCCCGCCAGCCUCGCCAGUCGCUGCUUUGUUAUUGCUCCUCAGUGGCUCUGAUCAUGGGGCUGGGCGUUGGGGGAGUAGGUGUUUUGUCCACCACAUCCAGCCUGUCGGGAGAGUGGCGUCUGGCUGUGGGCACUGCACUGUGUCUUUUGUCCCUGGUGGUUCUUCUCAAACAAUUGCUCAGCUCUGCCAUUCAGGACAUGAACUGUGUGCGCAAUCGGCACCGCAUCGACCAGCUGAGGAGUGGGGGCCAUGUGGACCCUGUGCUCUUCCUGGCUGUGGGCAGCACAGUGUCUGUGUGUGGGACAGUGCUGCUCUGUGUGGCCUCAGCACACAGGGAGCGGGACAAGAGGGACAUGCUCCUGUUUGGAGCUGGCCUGCUGUCUGCAGGGGCAGCUCUCACCCUGGCGGCAGGCCUCUACUGCAUACUGCUGCUGGUCAAGAGGAGAAACAGCACAUACAGGGCCCCAAGAAUGAGGACAAUGAGCACACCAACUGUCCCAAUGUUCACAGUCUCUGGUCAGAACAUGUCAUCCAGCAGGACAAGCCUUAUCUAA